UAAGUAUUAAGGUGUGGUCAUAUGACUUCUAACAGCCAAUAGGAUUGCCCAUUUUCUUGGUUCUCUUAUAAAGCUUAGUUCUCGUACAUGAGAGUAGCCAUUACUAUUCCAGUGAUUGCUAUGCCGAGUCCGUGGUGCAAUCUUUUCUGAUAAGGCAAAUGAAAUGUCAUCCAAAUUUGUUGGAAUGCGUGUGAUUAAUUCAAACCUGAAACUGGAGGCAUUACUUAAACUCACAAUAAGCCAUUUAUUUUCCUAAUGCCUUUUGAAGUAUGGGUGCCCUUCAAAAUGAGAAUGAAAACGGCACCAGUGGUGACGUAAUGUCUAAAUACGUUGAGCCAGUCGUGGAGCCAGUAAAUGGUGUUGUCCAGCCUCCCUUUAUUCCGCCACCAAAUAAACCACACAGGAAUACAAAUCAACUGCAUUUUUUGUUAAAAACAGUUAUGAAGGCUGUAUGGAAACAUCAAUUUGCCUGGCCCUUCUAUCAGCCAGUUGACGCCGUGAAACUUAAUAUACCGGACUAUCAUAAAGUAAUUAAACAUCCAAUGGAUUUGGGUACGAUUAAAAAGCGUUUGGAAAACUACUAUUACUAUUCUUCUGCUGAGUGUAUCCAGGAUUGCAGUACUAUGUUUAUGAAUUGUUAUAAGUACAAUAAACCCGGUGAAGAUGUUGUUUUAAUGGCUUCGACACUAGAAAAGUUAUUUUUAACCAAAAUUGCAGAAAUGCCAAAAGAUGAAACUGAAAUGCCUAUACCUCCGCCAAAACCAGUAGGUGGUAAAGGAAAAAGAGGCAAAGGUCGAGUGAAUUCAGUUGAUUCGGUUUCAAAAGAAUCUGUGACCAAUUCAGUUUCACCCGUCCAAGCAUCUAAAACACCUGUAUCAUCAUCAAGCAAAAACUCAUGCCCUGCGACAGUCCCGGGGAGUACAAACUCGACGACAACACUAUCUGCCUCCACGGGCAUCAGUCAAAAUUUGAGGUCCAAUAGCUGUGCUGCUGGAAAUUCAUUGCCAAAAAAGCCAACCAACUCUGUAGAUACUAAGGUCAUGCCCAACGUCAAAGUCAACUCGAUGCAUUCACCGGAAAGUCAUUCUGCGACACCUUUAUCAAACGCUACGUCGCCUGCAAGAUUAGUUAAUCAAAAGAGCCCAGGAAAAAGAGGUGUGAAAAGGAAAGUUGAAGUUGCAGCCCCGGUAGCAAAUGUAAAAGUUGAGCCAGAAGAAUCUCCUCCUAGAGAUGUUAAAGUGGCAAAACUUUCCACUCGGCGAGAGAGCGGUCGUCCAAUUAAAAAGCCAUCAAAAGACCUACCGGAACUCCCAGUGAGUAUUCAACCAAGUGUGAAGCCAAAAAAAGGACGUUUAACAGAGCAAAUAAAAUAUUGCAGCACAGUAUUAAAAGAGCUUUUUGCCAAGAAACAUGCUGGUUAUGCUUGGCCAUUUUACAAACCAGUUGAUGCACAACUUCUUGAUUUGCCGGACUAUCAUGAAGUUAUUAAGCAUCCGAUGGAUUUGGGUACCGUCAAGACAAAAUUGGACAAUCAUGAGUAUAAUUCUCCGGAUGACUUUGCCAGCGAUGUUAGACUUGUUUUUACAAAUUGUUAUAAAUAUAAUCCACCUGAUCAUGAAGUAGUAGCUAUGGCAAGAAAGCUGCAAGAUGUGUUUGAAAUGAAAUAUGCAAAGAUGCCUGAUGAACCACCGUGCAAUGAUGUUGGUACGAAUUCUCAAAAUGAAAAGACAGAAGAUUCAACUCAAAGCAUGUCAAGUGAUGCGUCUUCAGAUUCUUCUGGUUCUAGUGGAUCGGAAGAUAGCGAAGAAGAAAGAGAAAAGAAAUUGAAAAUGCUUCAGGAACAGUUAAAAAAAGUGACAGAACAGAUUAGUGUCCUGGCAGCGGAAAGUAGGAAAAGAGAUAAAAAGAAAAAGAAAAGGCGGAAGAAAGUGAAAGAGGAAGUAAAAGAAAUUAAAGUGGAAGAAGAAAUGCCUCCCGUGGAAGCAACCACAGUGGUAUCUCCUGCUAUUCCUGUACCUAAGCAGACCAAAGCUACUAAGAAGAACAAUGCUAAUAAAGCGCUUACUCCUAAUAAUAAAGUUCAAAAUCAAAAUAAGAGGCAACGAACUAAUAAUAAGUCUUCUAAAAAGAACAAACCUCUACCUCAGUUUGAUAGUGAAGAUGAAGAUAAUGCAAAGCCAAUGUCUUACGAUGAGAAACGACAACUUAGCUUAGACAUCAAUAAACUACCAGGUGAUAAAUUAGGAAGAGUAGUCCAUAUCAUACAAUCAAGAGAACCUUCUUUACGAGAUUCUAACCCUGAUGAAAUUGAAAUCGAUUUUGAGACCUUGAAACCUUCAACACUAAGAGAGCUAGAGGCUUAUGUGGCAUCUUGUCUACGCAAAAAACCUAGAAAACCUUACACAGCAAGGAAUAAAACUGCUGGAAAGUCCAAAGAAGAGCACAUGAGAGAAAAAAAGCAAGAACUUGAAAAGCGAUUGCAAGAUGUUAGUGGACAAUUGGGGCAGCCACCAAAGAAGUCCAAUAAAAAAGAUGCGGACAGUACCAACAAUGACGUUGCCGGUGGCCCGAGUCGCCUCAGUGCCAGUAGUACCAGUACUACAGAAAGCGACAGCAGUACAAGCAGCAGCUCGAGUAGCUCUUCCGACAGCAGCGAUUCGGAAUGAACUGGUUGACUACUUAACCUUAUUUACCAAAUCUGGCCUUAGGAAGCACUGAGCCAUGAGCACAAGAUUGUGGAACACAGCAGCAACUUUUUCUCGAUUCGGUCGCUGGCAUUUAACAUGCGCUUCAGGGUUUUGUGAAAGAAAGUGCGUCGAUAUACGUUUCUCGAAGA